CCCGCAGAGAGGAGCCGCUUCCUUCCCAAUGCCGCAAGUAUCUCUCCCAAAGCCAGGGAAGGGUAAGAAAUGAUCAAUAUAUGCUCAAAAUGAACUGCUUUUAUUUCUGUAGUUGCUGCAGUAACCUGAGUUGCUACUUAAAAAAUAUUAACAGCCUAAGAGCUUUUAAAGGCUAAGGAUCCAGUGUAUUAGUCAUGCAGAAGAACAACAGUGUGCAAACUUUCGGGCCGGGUUUGUGUGGAAUGGCACUGGAGGACAGCACUGGGCUGGCUGGCCACUUGGGGAAUCUCACUUUACACUGCUGGCUACACUUCUUAACCAGGGAGGCGGGUUCUGAGCUCCAGGGUGACAGUUCGAAUGUGGCGAUGCGCGUGGUGAUAGCCCUGGUGUACUCUGCGGUUUGCGCUCUGGGGCUUGUCGGGAAUCUCCUGGCGUUGUACCUGCUCCACUCACGCCACCGGCACAAGCAGUCCUCCAUAAACUGUUUCGUGAUGGGCCUGGCCCUUACUGACCUGCAGUUCGUCCUGACCCUGCCCUUCUGGGCUGUGGACACCGCCAUGGACUUCCGCUGGCCGUUUGGCAAGGUCAUGUGCAAGAUCGUAAGCUCGGUCACCACCAUGAACAUGUACGCCAGCGUCUUCUUCCUGACCGCCAUGAGCGUGGCGCGCUACUGCGCCGUGGCCUUCUCGCUGAAGAUGUACAGCGGCCGGGCGGCUGCCCUGGGCUCCAGGUGGGUGAGCCUGGGCAUCUGGGUGGUGUCGCUGCUCGCCACUCUGCCUCACGCCGUCUACUCCACCAGCGUGCAGGUUUCCGAUGACGAACUGUGUCUGGUGCGCUUCCCCGAGUCGGGCAGCUGGGACCCCCAGCUUCUUCUGGGCCUUUACCAAACGCAGAAGGUCCUGUUAGGCUUCGUCAUCCCUCUGGUAAUCAUCUCUGUGUGCUACCUGCUCUUGCUCCGCUUCGUGUUGAGUCGGCGCAUCAGCGCAUCCACGGGCCCCGACACGGAGCCAAGCCGGCAUCGACGCUGCUCAAAAGUCACCAAGUCCAUCGUCAUCGUGGUGCUCUCCUUCUUCCUGUGCUGGUUGCCCAACCAGGCCCUCACCAUGUGGGGGGUUCUCAUCAAGUUUGACCUGGUGCCCUUCAGCACGGCCUUCUACAACGCCCAGGCAUACGCCUUCCCGCUUACCGUCUGCCUCGCCCACACCAACAGCUGCCUGAACCCUCUACUGUACUGUCUAAUCCGCCGCGAGUUCCGGGCAGGACUCAAGGACAUCGUCCUCCGCACCACGGCCCCCAUCCGCCGUCUUGUCUGCCUGCCCCGGAAAGCCAAGGUGGCCGAGGCGCCCCCCGUAUUGGUGCUGGUGCAGAUGGACGCUGGGGUGUAAAUAACUGCAGAGCUGCUCGAUAGCUUCUUAGCGAAGGGGACGGUUUAUUCAAAUGCAUUAAACUUUAGGAUUUUUGUUUUCGAUUGACAAAGCCACGCAGUCAUAGCCAAUGUCCUUCGAGACGUGGCCCCGUUUCUCUGCCUACUUCCCCCUCAUAAGUUCUUCUACCAAAUUUGUUUAAAUAAUGCACCGAUCGUUAAUAUUUUCAGCUUUCAUUUGUCGCGUAUGUUAUGCUGAUCAGCAUCAGUCGGGACGUGCAAUAAUUCCAAGUUUUUCUUGCCUAAAAUAAGGCGCUCGCUCACUUGACCUCAUUUGAGAAACAGCCGUCA